AUGCACGUGUACAUUAAAGCACUUGUACUCUUUGCUAUAUCGGACCAAAGGGCCCGAAAAUCUCCUUACAACUACGGUGUGCUCGUGGGCUCCACCUCUAACGCCGACACCAUAGUUACUGACGCCAUAGACAUUAAAACAGAUGACACAGGCACAGUAGACUUCGGCUACCUCCACCGAAGACUCGCGUUACUCCUGGCUGUGUCUUCCAACACGUCGGUAAUCGGACUCUAUUGCACGGAGGAUGGUGACUUUGACGCCAUUCUUGGUCAGUUUGCUAACCAUCAAGACAAGGUACCCGCCGUAUGUGUGACACUCGACAGCGAGAAUGUGUUGAAGUGUUUCGACUCGGUGUCCAAGGAUCCUGUGGCGGCAACCAUUAGGCCGGGAGAAUCGGAGGAGAUUGCUACGGCAACCGUUCACAACCACGCCAAUUAUUCCAGCGAGGAUCCGGAGCUCACUCAGAACUCGGAGGAGACGUUGAGCCAUUCACUCGACCAACUCGAGCAGCUCAUACGCGCCAUCUUAGCCUCAGAUUCCCAGGGUGAUGCUGAUGCAGACAAAACACUAGUCUACUUGGCUAACUUAGUCGCAGGGUACAAAGGCGAGGCAACCUCGGUCGACCACGAGCUCUACACGUCACAACUCAGCCUCCUCACCAAUGAGCUUCUGAUAAUUAAUGGACUGGAGUUGCAGUUCAUGCGGCGCGUUGUCAGUUUGGUGAGCGAGCCGUUCUACCCUACAUAA